GCAGUAUAAACGAACAUUUGACAAAGCGCAGCUGUCGGGUGAAGACAACUUGAGCAGCGAAGAAAAAUUAGCACAAGUGGUAAACAAACAAAUAAUUUUUUCCAGCAUUUCUUCGCUAUGGAUCGUUUGGAACCUUCUUCCCAGGAUGAUAGACGGCUGUGGCUUGGCAAUCUGGACAGUCGAAUCACCGAGUAUCAAUUACUGAAAAUCGUGCAAAAAUACGGCAAAAUUGAAAAGUUCGACAUGCUGUUCCAUCGCUCCGGACCGUUAGCGGGCUAUCCGCGAGGGUACGCCUUUGUUACGUACGAGAACCAUAAAGAUUCGGAAUCCGCAUUGCACCGGUUGGAUGGGAAAUUGGUCGGCGAGAAAACGAUCGUCGUCCGAUGGGCAAAGCACGUUAACCGGGAGGAAGGCGACCGAGCGAAACCGAAACUCGAAAUACCGUGCCUGGCGGGCGGUUCCAAGGGUGGCUCGAACGGACCAUUAAGCCAGCAGACCAAAAUUCAGGCACUGGAAGCGAAGCUUAAGAUGUUGGAAAGCAGAUCGGACGAUCUGGUGAUCAACAAAUCGGCUACCUCGGAACGGCCGAUCAUCGAACGAUACCAGUACAACAUUAAUCAACAGCCACAGCGAACCGAUCCGAAGAUGAAACGUUCGCACCAUCCGACUGGCAGUGGACGGGGUGGAGGUCGUGGCGCACCGUACAACAGAAACUCACACCGCCACAAAUAGCGCGCCAGCGGGAGGAAAAAGCCAGCUUCGAAUACUCAUAACUUUACUAAUAGACUAGCUUUAAUAUCAUCUCACCGGACGUACCCAUAAAGCAGUGUUGCGAAAACCCAUCAAACUAAACUAUCAAACUAAAACAA